AUGUUAUUACUUCUAUUGACAUCUCUUACUCUUUCAUCAGGGAAUGAAGGUGGUUGUUUCUCGACUGAAUAUUAUGAUAGUGCGAAUAAAAUAUGUAUACCAUGUGAAGCUGGUCAAGAACCAAAUGAAGAGAAAACUGGGUGUAUUAAUUGUAAGGCAGGUUCUUACUCUACUAACACUUCGAGGUGUUUGCCAUGUGUUGCUGGCACAUAUUCAGAUUCAGAUGGUGCGGAUGAAUGUCUUCAAUGCAAAGCGAAUAAAUAUUCGGUAACAGAAAACUCAGUGAAAUGCGACUCGUGCGAAGCCCCAAUGAUCCCAAACCCAAGUCACACGGGCUGCGUGUUCUGUGCAGAUGGGACUCGUUACGUCGGAUUCGACAAAGUCCUUCCUUGUGAAUUUUGUGGGAAAAAUUCAAUCAGCUCCGACAACAACACGUCUUGCGAACAAUGUGAUAAGAAACACAUGGCUUCCAACAACAUAUGUUUGCCAUUUUGUAAAGAAUCAACCACAGAAGAUUGCUUCAACUCAACAUGUGAAGUAAAUGAACAAUACAUUCAAAAUGAUUGUACUGACUGUGAUGUCGGGUACAAGUGUGACUAUGGUGAAAUGACUCAAUGUGGAAAGAAAGAGGUGUGUGUGAAUGGUGUGAUAAAAGAGACGUGUAACGGGUUAGAAGAGUUGACCGAUGACAAGCAGGUUUGUUAUUAA